AUGCAGUUCCUCAAGUUCACCGCUGCGGCCGCCGCUCUGUUGGGUCAGGCUUCCGCAUUCCCUCCCGGUCCAGGCUCUGGCUUCCCCGGCGGCGGACCCCCGGGCGCUCAGCCCGAGACGGAUGCCUGCGUCAAAUCCGAGGCGGCUUACAUUCGCUCUUACUUCAACAUCGGAGGCGAGUACGUCAGCGAUGGUGCCGGCGGUCACAUCUUCCGCGACCAGAUGUACGUUGAGAAGUUGCUCCCCACGAACGGAGUCACCCAGCAGACGCCGAUCGUCCUGAUCCACGGACAGGCCCAGACGGGUAGCAACUUCUACAACAAGCCCGAUGGUGGCAGAGGUUGGGCCUCUCACUUUGUGAGACAAGGCUUCGAGGUCUACAUCGUCGACCAGACGUUGCGUGGCCGCUCCGCUUGGAUGCCCGGCUACGGCGCCUCCAAGCCCUCGACGUACUCCGCCGAGAUCAUCCAGCAGCGCUUCACUGCCGUCAAGGAUUACAUGCUCUGGCCCCAGGCUGUGAACCACACCCAGUGGCCCGGCACCGGCGUGAUGGGCGACGAGGUCUUUGACACCUUCUACAGCUCCAACGUCCAGUUCAUCAACAAUGCCACCUACCAGCAGAAGACUGUCCAGGAUGCCGGUGCCGCCCUUCUCGACAAGAUCGGCAGACCCGCUGUGGUUCUCGGGCACAGCCAGGGUGGUAUCAUGCCCAUCCUCAUCGCCGACGCCCGCCCCGAGCUGACCAAGGCUCUCAUCCUCCUCGAGCCCACCGGCCCUCCUUUCCAGGAGGCCAUUUUCAGCACCAAGGCCGCCCGCGCCUACGGUCUCACCGACAUCCCCGUCGCCUACUCCCCCGCCGUCACCGAUCCCGCCACCGAUCUCGUCCAGCAGACCUACCCUGCCAAGGGCGAAAACUACGUCGAGUGCGUGCUCCAGGCCGAGACUCCCGCCCCGCGCCAGCUCGUCAACCUCGCGGACAAGCCCAUCCUCCUGGUCACCUCCGAGGCUUCCUACCACGCCCCCUACGACCACUGCACCGUCGAGUUCCUGCAGCAGGCCGGCUGCAGCAAGACGGAGCACCUCGAGCUCAGCAAGGCCGGCUUCCACGGCAACGCCCACAUGUUCUUCAUGGAGAAGAACAGCUACGAGAUCCAGCUGACCCUGCGUGAUUGGAUCCAGGCCUUGUAA